AUGGAUGCUGUAGGCUGUGUAGCGAGCGUAUGUCAGCUCAUUGAAUAUUCAGCAUCAUCAGCCGCUAGCCUUGGGAGACUAUACGAGGAGCUGGUCCACGGCGAUUCGACCUACCGCGACGAAGCAGCAAACAUCAGACUGCUACUCGACACGCUUCAGCGUCUCUCCCGCCACCACGUCGAAGAUCACAAUCCUGUGCUGCCUGUACUGAUUUCUAUAUCUGGUAUCGCAUGCCAAUUAUUGCAUCUCCUCCAACCGAAGCGGUCAUUUGGUAUCAACUUGGCAUUUUUCACUCCAAGGGACAAGAUUAACUCGGCAUUCGAGACACUGAAUCACAAGAGAACCCUGCUCCAUCUUCAUAUUUCCCAAGCACACCAAGACGCCCUUGUAGAUCUUCGGCAAACCAUCGAAUCGACCUGUAUCACUCGCCAUAAUACAAUAUCUACAGAGGAGGGAAAUGAAAGAAUCAUGUCUCAAAGUAUCCAGGAUACAACUACCGCAACUAUGGUCCCUCCACCAGAUCAAACGGCCCAGCACCAUGUUGCAACUCUCAAUAUUACUAUAUCAGGUUCCACAAUUGAUGGUACAAGCGUGAUAGGCAACGGCGAGAGGCGAUCCCCGGCAACCAUCGUCAUGGAUAAUACUACUAUCUCGAAAAACGGGCUAAAUUUUGUCGCAAACGAAAGAGACAGAAGCGUGGAAAUCCUGCAAGAACACAACCGUCAAAGGGAAUCAGCAGCAGCCAGACCACCACCACAACUGCCGGGCCAGGCGAAUUCCAGCAACACGAGUGUUGUUUCAGGAAGAAAACGUUCAAACAGGCAGUGGCUUCUAGGUAUGGGAUCCAGCAGUCGAUGUGCGAGUGACAAUGGCUCGCUGUAUGAUACGGAUAGCGCUCACAGGGUGGGUUCCCUAGCAUAGGACGAUCCAACGGACAGGCAGCAUUGACCCUGUAGAUAACAGCGGCUAUAGACGCUGGAGAAAACAGGGCGAAGCCACGCCACACCACAAGGCACCGAGGAAGGUGCUCAAGAAGCAGGGGGGCGGGUCGAGCUCUCGUUCAUGAAGAAGCAAGUACACACGGUAUCGGAGUUUCUGAAAUUUCCGGUCCUCUAAAGAAGGAUGAGAACAAACAAAACAAAAGGCAAAGGAGCAAUGGCUGUUGUUGUUGUUAUUAUUGGUUUCUUUCAAUUCAUUUCACUAUCUGCUCUACUGUAUUGUAUUGGACGAGAAUGUAUAUUUCCGGUGAUG